AUGAAUGUAAAUCACGUUAGACGAGUAAGACAAUUAUAUAAAGUUAUAUUAAAAAUGCAUAAAAGUUUACCGGAUGAAAUAAAAGCAAUCGGUAACGGUUAUGUUAGAGAUGAAUUUAGAAGGCAUAAAAAUUGUAAUGCAAAUGAAAGUUCAAUAUUUUUAGAAGAAUGGACGAAAUAUGCCAUCGUGUUAGCCGAACAAAUUGGGAUAAAUAAACCGCAUCCUACAAAAAAAAUAGGAAAAAAAUUAACUUUAGAUGUUUUGGAUAGCAUGUCAGAAGAUCAAAUAGUACAGUUGUAUAAAUUAAUGUUAGCAGCUCAUGGGAAAACUGAUGAAGAAAUUGCAUCAUUCGAAAAAGAUUUAAGAACAAACGGGUAG